UGUGACCUGAGCGCGGCGGGCGGGCAGGGGCUGCUGAAUGGCGGCUCUCUGAGGCGGCAGCGGCCGUGGCUGCUCGGGGCGUGGCGUGGCGUGGCGUGGCGGCGGCCUGAUGCUGCUUAAGCUCUUACAGAGACAGACCUAUACCUGCCUGUCCCACAGGUAUGGGCUCUACGUCUGUUUCGUGGGCGUCGUGGUCACCAUCGUUUCUGCCUUCCAAUUCGGAGAGGUGGUUCUGGAAUGGAGCCGGGAUCAAUACCACGUUUUGUUUGAUUCCUACAGAGACAAUAUUGCUGGAAAGUCCUUUCAGAAUCGGCUCUGUCUGCCCAUGCCGAUCGACGUGGUUUAUACCUGGGUGAAUGGCACAGAUCUUGAACUACUGAAGGAACUACAGCAAGUCAGAGAACAGAUGGAGGAGGAGCAGAAAGCAAUGAGAGAAAUCCUUGGGAAGAACACAACGGAACCAACUAAGAAGAGUGAGAAGCAGUUGGAGUGUUUGCUGACACACUGCAUCAAGGUGCCGAUGCUCAUCCUGGACCCAGCCCUGCCAGCCAACGUCACACUGAAGGACCUGCCAUCUCUUUACCCAUCUUUUCAUUCUGCCAGUGACAUAUUCAAUGUUGCAAAACCAAAAAACCCUUCCACUAAUGUCUCAGUUGUUGUUUUCGACAGUGCUAAGAAUGUUGAAGAUGCCCAGAGUGGAAUGUUUAAAGGAAACAGCAAACAGACAGUUUGGAGGGGCUAUUUGACCACAGAUAAAGAAGUCCCUGGGUUAGUGCUAAUGCAAGAUCUGGCUUUCCUGAGUGGAUUUCCACUGACAUUCAAGGAAACAAAUCAACUAAAAACAAAAUUGCCAGAAAAUCUUUCUUCUAAAAUAAAACUGUUACAGUUAUAUUCAGAGGCCAGUGUAGCACUUCUAAAACUGAAUAACCCCAAAGAUUUCCAAGAACUGAACAAGCAGACAAAGAAGAACAUGACCAUUGAUGGAAAAGAACUGACUAUAAGUCCUGCAUAUUUAUUAUGGGACCUGAGUGCCAUUAGCCAGUCUAAGCAGGAUGAAGAUGUUUCUGCCAGCCGUUUUGAAGAUAAUGAAGAACUGAGAUAUUCACUGCGAUCCAUUGAGAGGCAUGCUCCUUGGGUUCGGAAUAUUUUCAUUGUUACCAAUGGGCAGAUUCCAUCUUGGCUGAACCUUGAUAACCCUCGAGUGACAAUAGUCACACACCAGGAUGUUUUUCGAAAUUUGAGCCACUUGCCUACCUUUAGUUCACCUGCUAUUGAAAGUCACAUUCAUCGCAUUGAAGGGCUGUCCCAGAAGUUUAUUUAUCUGAACGACGAUGUCAUGUUUGGGAAGGAUGUCUGGCCAGAUGAUUUUUAUAGUCACUCCAAAGGUCAGAAGGUUUACUUGACAUGGCCUGUGCCAAAUUGUGCUGAGGGCUGCCCAGGUUCCUGGAUUAAAGAUGGCUACUGUGACAAAGCUUGUAAUAAUUCAGCCUGUGAUUGGGAUGGCGGUGACUGCUCUGGUAACAGUGGUGGGAGUCGCUAUGCUGCAGGAGGCGGAGGUACCGGCAGUAUUGGAAUUGGACAGCCCUGGCAGUUUGGUGGAGGACUAAAUAGUGUCUCUUACUGUAAUCAAGGAUGUGCGAAUUCCUGGCUUGCUGAUAAGUUCUGUGACCAAGCUUGCAAUGUCUUGUCCUGUGGGUUUGAUGCUGGCGACUGUGGGCAAGAUCAUUUUCAUGAAUUGUAUAAAGUAACUCUUCUCCCAAACCAGACUCACUAUGUUAUUCCAAAAGGUGAAUGCCUGCCUUAUUUCAGCUUUGCAGAAAUAGCCAAAAGAGGAAUCGAAGGCACCUAUAGUGACAAUCCAAUAAUUCGACAUGCCUCUAUUGCCAAUAAGUGGAAAACCAUCCACCUCAUAAUGCACAGUGGAAUGAAUGCAACCACAAUACAUUUUAAUCUCACAUUUCAAAAUACAAACGACGAAGACUUCAAAAUCCAGAUAACAGUAGAGGUCGACACAAGAGAGGAACCCAAAGUGAAUUCUACGACCCAGAAGUCUUACCAAAAUUUGGUUAGCCCCACAACACUUCUUCCAGAGGCGGAAAUACUGUUUGAGGAUAUUCCUGAAGAAAAACGCUUUCCAAAGUUCAAGAGACAUGAUAUUAACACAACAGGAAGAUUCCAAGUGGAGGUGAAAAUUCCCCUGGUAAAUAUUUCACUCCUUCCCAAAGAGGCCCAACUGAGUCUCAGUAACUUGGAUUUGCAACUAGAACGUGGAGACAUCACUGUGAAAGGAUACAACCUGUCCAAGUCAGCCUUGCUGAGAUCAUUUCUGAGUAACUUACCAGAUACUGAAGUAAAAACAAAUCAAGCUGUAAUAACAGAUGAAAGAAAUGACAGUGUAGAGGCCCCACUGGAAAAACAGGUUCACAAAAGCAUCUUGCCGAAUAGCUUGGGAACAUCUGAAAGAUUGCAGAGGUCGACUUUUCCAGCAGUGACAAUGAAAGUGAAUGGUCACUACCAGAGUCAGAAUCCACCCCCGGACUUAGAAAUCGAAGAAAAAUUUAAAUCUGAAAUUCUGACCCAAAAAGUAAGAGGUGGAAGCGUGUCAAUAGAAAAACUCUCAUCUCGGAUUGUUCCACUGGAAAAGCAGAUUACAAAAGAAAAGAAAAUCACAGGGAAAGAACAAGAGAAAAACAGAAUGGAGGAAAAUGCAAAGAACUACAUAGAUAAUAAUGAAGUACUACCUGGAAGAAAACUGCAGCAUUAUACAGACAGUUACCUGGGUUUUUUGCCAUGGGAGAAAAAGAAGUAUUUCCAAGAUCUUCUUGAUGAAGAAGAGUCAUUGAAGACACAACUGGCAUACUACACUGAUAGCAAACACACUGGAAGGCAACUGAAAGAUACAUUUGCAGAUUCCCUUCGAUAUGUAAAUAAAAUUCUAAACAGCAAGUUUGGAUUCACAUCUCGGAAAGUCCCUGCACACAUGCCUCACAUGAUUGACCGAAUCGUUAUGCAAGAACUUCAAGAUAUGUUCCCUGAAGAAUUUGACAAGACGUCAUUUCACAAAGUGCGCCAUUCUGAGGAUAUGCAGUUUGCCUUUUCGUAUUUUUAUUAUCUCAUGAGUGCCGUUCAGCCACUGAAUAUAUCUCAAGUUUUUGAUGAAGUUGAUACAGACCAAUCUGGUGUCUUAUCUGACAGAGAAAUCCGAACACUGGCUACCAGAAUUCACGACCUGCCUUUAAGUUUGCAGGAUUUAACAGGUCUGGAACACAUGCUAAUAAAUUGCUCAAAAAUGCUCCCUGCUAAUAUCACUCAGCUGAACAGUGUUCCACCAACUCAGGAAGCAUACUAUGAUCCCAAUCUGCCACCAGUCACUAAGAGUCUAGUAACCAACUGUAAACCAGUAACUGAUAAAAUCCACAAAGCAUAUAAGGACAAAAACAAAUAUAGGUUUGAAAUCAUGGGAGAAGAAGAAAUUGCUUUUAAAAUGAUUCGUACCAAUGUUUCUCAUGUGGUUGGCCAGUUGGAUGAUAUAAGAAAAAACCCCAGGAAGUUUGUUUGCCUGAAUGACAACAUAGACCACAAUCAUAAAGAUGCCCAGACAGUGAAAGCUGUUCUCAGGGACUUCUAUGAAUCCAUGUUCCCCAUACCAUCCCAGUUUGAGCUGCCAAGAGAAUAUCGAAACCGUUUCCUUCACAUGCAUGAGCUGCAGGAGUGGAGAGCAUAUCGAGACAAAUUGAAGUUUUGGACUCACUGUGUACUGGCAACAUUGAUUAUGUUUACUAUAUUCUCAUUUUUUGCUGAACAGUUAAUUGCACUUAAGCGGAAGAUAUUUCCCAGGAGGAGGAUACAGAAAGAAGCUAGUCCCGAUCGAAUCAGGGUAUAGAAGAUCUUCAUUUGAAAAUCAUCUACCUCAGCAUUCACUGAGCAUUUUGAAACUCGGCAUCAUAGAGGUGUCUUCAUGAUGUGAUGCUUAGCCAGCCUGGCCUGAAGAAGGAAAAGCAUCCAGUACAAUACUUGUUUUGUGGUAUGAAUAUAGCCUACUGACCAGGAAUUGUUUAACCAAGACACAGAAAACUUGUGUGUUGAGUAGCUCUGACCUGGUUUUACUUUUAAAGCAUUUGCUCAUGGACCCAUCAUUCUUUUAAUGAAAAAUCUGACAAGAGAGAGCUACCAAGUUCCCAUAGCAACCAUUGCCAACUUUCACAUGAAAAGCCUAGGCCAGCUUGGGAGCCAUUGUUUUUG